AUGACCGACGUUCGAUCCCUUCUUCGGAGUGAGCUAGCUUCGCGAAAGGGCACAUCCCAACCAAACACAACAGGGAACCGCGUCACCAAGAAGCGUAAAGUUGACAGCGGAGAUGGUGUGGUGCGGAAGAAGCUCCGCGCGGCGGACCUUGAUGCUAUCCCGUCGACCUCUGGCGCACCGAACACCGAGCAAACCACCGAAGAUUACGGCUCAGGCCUCAUCGAAGAUGUCGCAGGCCCAAACUCUUCACUUUCGGCACCAGAGGAGGUCGUUGAGGAAACGCAUCUUGCAGAAGACACGAUAAUUAUGGCGCCACCACAACAACCUCAAGCUAUGGCUAUUGAUGAAGACGAAUGGGCGGCAUUCGAGAGAGAUGUCGCUGCACCGUCUCGUUUACCACAGGCACCUGCUGCUCUCGCUGCAGAGGCUACGAUAUCAGCAGCACCAAUUACUACCGAGGAACUUGCUGCGCAGCAAGCACGAGAGAAGGCUGCUGCCACCCAAAAUCGAGAUGCAGAACUGGAAGGCCAGCGCGAGGAUGCCGCGCGCUUUAUGGAAGAGGAGUUCGAUGAGAUGGAUCAACUGGAGGAACGUGUGAGGAUUCUUAAGCAGAAGCGCGAGGAACUGCGCAAGAAACGUGCCGACGAUCAAGCACGGGAUGAAGCCAUGGGGUCUGCAUCAGCGGAGCAGGACUCUGCUGAAAGCGACAACGACGAUGAUGACGAUGACGAUGAGGAUUGGGAUGACUGGCGGUUGAAAUGA